AUGAGUUUACCGACAGAUUUUGGUCCAGAUUCUGGAGGAAGAAUAAAGGGAGUUUGUAUAGUAAAGCCCAUCGUAUACGGUAAUGUAGCAAGAUAUUUCGGCAAAAAACGCGAAGAAGAUGGUCAUACACAUCAAUGGACUGUGUAUGUAAAACCAUACGUUAACGAGGAUAUGUCUGCCUAUGUAAAAAAGGUACAUUUUAAACUACACGAAAGUUAUACAAACCAAAAUCGAAUAGUGGUUAAACCUCCUUAUGAAAUCAGUGAAACUGGUUGGGGGGAGUUUGAAAUUGUUAUUAAAAUACAUUUUCAUGAUCCAAAUGAAAGACCUGCUACAAUGUACCAUAUAUUAAAACUUUUUCAUUCUGGUGGAACAAGGGAUGUAAGCACUGAAAAUGGGAAAGGUUUAGUUUCCGAAAGUUUGGAUGAAAUUGUUUUUCAAGAUCCUACACAAUUAAUGCACCAUUUAUUAACAAAUACAAAGCAGCUCACAUUGGGGCGAUGGGAACACAAUACAAAUUUUGAAGAAAAAAAAGAAAAAACCCAGAAAUCCAUUAUGGAUGCAAAGCAAAAAAUAAGGACAGAAAUCACCCAGCUAAAAAAUAAGCUCAAAUUAGCAAAAGAGACAAUAUCUCAGUUUAAAGAUGAGAUUGCAAAGGCACAGGAUAAUCAAUUCAUGUUGUAG